AUGACUAGGAGGUCCAACAAGGACAACCUAGUUGAACAUCCAGAGAUAGACAAGCUUGAGAAGCAACUUAGGAAGCAGAAAGCCCAAGAGAUGGCCGACGAAGCAGCUCGCGCUCACGCCGCUGAAGUGGCGCGCGCUCAAGAAGAAGGAAGAGAUCCACCUCCACAGAGAUCAAUUUCUGAGUACAUUAGGGACUGCCCUAAUCAUGGUUUCAAUGAGGGAAACCUAUGGAACAUCUUCUAUCGUGGCAUAGACCACAAGUACAAGCUUUCAUUGGACACUGCAAGCAAUGGAAACUUCAUGACCAAGACUGUUGAUGAAGCUAAGGUUCUUAUUGAGAAUCUUGCAGCUAGUGAUUGUAACAACUGUCCUGAUUAUGACCGCUCAAGCCGCACCACUACUAGCUCCCCUGAUUCUUUUCAAAUGACUGAACUCAAGAACAUGAUGGCUCAAGUUCUUAAGGGACAGCUCAAGCAUAUCAAUGCAAUAGAAGGGAUGAGUGAUGCUAAUGAAGAUUCAUCAAGAGAAUGCAUGGGAGAUUUCUCUAAUGAAGCCAAUGAAGAAGAUGUGAACUACAUUGGAAACUAUGGGAACAAGGGAUACAAUCCAAGCUAUCGCCCAAACCCCAACAUGUCUUAUAGAAACCCCAAUGUGGAGAAUCCUCAAGACCAAGUGUAUCCUCCAAGGUAUCCACAACAACAAAGACCUCCUUACCAAUCUCAAGGAAGUCAAUUUCAGCCAAGGCAAGGAUAUGAGCAGAGAUCAUCAUAUCCGCCCAAGGAGCCAUAUGCUUCUUCACCAAAUCAAGCUCCUCCAAACCAACAAGGUGGGAGAUUUGAAGGAAUCCUCCAACAGAUCAUGGAUGGCCAGAAGAGAAACACUAAAGAGAUGUAUGAGAAGAUGGACACUUUGUUCAGCAAUCUCAACACCAAGUAUGAUGCUGUUGCCACUCAUGUGAAGAAACUAGAGACUCAAGUCACUCAAACUAUGGAAGCUGUUAAGAGACAGGAAGCUGAAUCCAAGAAGUCCUUUUGCAACUCAGCCGCCAUAGAAGAAAGAUUUGAAGACCAAGUUCCAGAAUGGAUGCUUUCAAAACCUACUGUUGAUUGCAUGAUUUGGCCUGAAGAGAAUUACCCAGAGAGAGAGUCCAAUCGAGCUAGAAAGAGAAGACUCUUCCCAAAGAUUAUCCCCAAGACAGAUAACUCAGGAAAGUUUGUUGUGCCUUGUAUCAUCAAAGGUAACAUUCUUGAGCAAUCUUUGUGUGACACAGGAGCCAAUGUGAACAUCAUGUCUAAGAGGAUAGCUGACAAGAUAGGCCUCACCAAGAUAGAGCCAUCAUCCAUCUCCAUCAACUAUGCUGAUUCAUUCUCACAAACCCCUAUGGCUUUGUGCCUAAUGUGA